AUGAUCUGCGACGAGGCCCAUGUCAUGAGGAGUAUAUCCACGCUGUUGGGCAAGGCGCUGCGGAACGUGCUCUCAAAUUGCCGGAUCCUGCUCACAGGCACGCCUGUCCAGAACCGCCUGCAGGACAUGUGGGCGCUGAUGGACUUUGCUCAGCCUGGACUUCUGGGCAACCACGCCACGUUCACGAAACGCUUCAGCGACCCCAUCGAAAAGGGCAGCGUGCGCAGCGCGGGGCCGUCCGCGGUGGCCCUGAAGAGGCACCUCUGCGAUCAGCUGCUGCAGUUGGUGGCUCCCCAUUUGCUUCGCCGCACAAAGGAGAGCACAGGCCUGCAGGCUAGUGACAUCGCCGUCCCCGCCGCCUUCGCCGCUGGAGAUGUCCCUACAGGUAGCAGCGGCGCACCUGCGCCGAAGGCCCUGCCUCCCAAGGUGGAGCUGGUCGUAUGGCUCCACCCCACCGCAGAGCAGGUGGCGGCCUACAAGGAGGCCCUGGCCACCAGCGAGGUGAUCCGCGAGGCUAACGACAAGACGAGGCUGGGGCUGGAGGUGUUCAAGGCGAUCGGCCUCCUCAAGCGCCUGUGCAACCAUCCUCUGCUGGGGCUGCCCAUCUCCGAGCCAGGCGUGUGGCAGCAGGCCCUCUCCGCCGCCUCCGCGUCCCUGCCGGGCGCCGACGGCCGCUUCCACGCCGCGUGCCCGCAGCGCAGGAGCCCGCGGGACCCGCCACGACCCUCGACCGCCACGGCGGUCGAGGAAGCGGCAGCGGCAUCGGCGGCGCCGGCGCUUGCCGCCGAGGAGCGAGGAAGCGAUGGCGGUGCGAUGGGCGCUGGUGGGGCCGUCGAGCGCCUGCUGCGAGGGCUGCCGCGGGACCUCGGCUCGCUGGUGGCGCAGAGCGCGAAGCUCAGGUGCGUGGCGGCGAUGCUGCCCGCGCUGAUCGCGCGCGGGCACCGGGUCCUGGUCUUCUCCCAGGGGGUUUUAAUGAUGGACUUGGUGGAAGUUUGCGUGCUCCGGAAGCAGGGUAUCGGCUUCGUGCGCCUCGACGGGCACACCGACAUCAAGACACGCGCCCAGAGGGUAGAGAGCUUCCAGACUGAGCCAGACAGAUACCAAUGCAUGCUGCUGACCACACGUGUCGGUGGCUAUGGCCUGAACCUCACGGGCGCAGACCGCGUCAUCCUGCUCGACCCCGCCUGGAACCCGGCGACCGACGCGCAGGCGGUGGACCGGGCAUACCGCAUCGGGCAGCACAAGGAAGUCCGGACGUACAGGCUCGUCAUGAGCGGCCUCAUCGAGGACAAGAUGUUCCGGCUGCAGGUCUUCAAGAUGGGGCUCACCAACUCGGCCUUGGAAGCCUCGCAGCAGCACCGGUACUUCACCCACGACGAGAUCCGGGCCCUCUUCAAGUGGGCCGACCCAGCGAAGGGCGAGACCAUGGGGCUGAUAGCCGCGAAGCACGGCGAGCAGGACAGGGAGCAGGCGGCCGAGCACGCCCGGGCGGACGGGGCCUGCGAGGGCUGGCUGCAGGCGGGCCCGGCGAUCGGCCUCAGCGUCUUCUCGACGCUGUUCCGGGCGCUCGCGCCCGAGGCGCCGCGGGAGGACGACGGCCCGUGCAGCGAGGAGGUGCGGGAGAUGAAGGCCAAGAUCUGUGUGGCCGAGCAGGAGGCCGCCCGGCUGGCCGAGGCGAGGUCUGCCGCGGAGGGGCAGGUGGGCCGCGCGGAGCUCGGGGCGAAGGAGGUGGCGGAGCAGAUCGCCUCGGCGGCCGAG